UUUGCGUUUUGUUAGGGAUGAAGAGGAGUACUAAUACGACGUCGUCAUCGUCCUCGCGAACCCUAGAAUUUACGGUACUAUCAGGGGAAGAUCUGCGAUUGGAUGGAAAACCAAUCAAGAAGGGCGCGUUCGUAGUUGUGAAGAUCGAUCCUCUGAACCGUUUUACAACGAAGAUCGACGCCGAAGGCGGAAGCUACCCUUAUUGGGAGGACAAGUUUGUGAUGGAGUUGCCCGCGAAUUCACGGUUUGUAACAGCAGAGGUGAGGUGCAAGAACAACGGUAGGAUUGUUGGGAAGGCUACGAUGCCGGUUUCGGAUAUCGAGGGAGAGUAUACGCCGUUGGAUUAUUUGCACUUCUUGAGUUAUCGAUUAAGGGACGAGAGAGGGUUGAAGAACGGCAUUGUUAACGUUUCGGCGAGAUUAAAGGUUCGGGGAUAUGCAGGUAGUUCGUUGACGGCAGCAAAGCCGGAGAUGGGAUUGCCUACUUAUGCAGGUGGCGUCGUGACUGGAGUUCCGGUUGGUUAUCAUGCAUAACUUUGCAAGAGAUUUUUUUUUUCUUUGUAAGGGAUAUAUUAUGAUA